CCGGUCUCUUUAGAACUUUAUUCCGUGUUCUUAUGUGAUUUUUAUUUUGAUUAAGUGAGCAGCAAUUAUAAUGUGGAAUAAACUAUCAUUUCUAAUUAUUGGAUUAAUUAUAACAAAUUGUGUUUAUUCAUUUCCACAAGCUCCACAACAACAACAACAACAGCAACAACAUGCUGCACCAAUAGAAAUUAUAUCAAAAUCAGAAGACACUUUACCUGACGGAAGUUUUAACUCAAGUUAUGAAAGUUCUGACGGAACAAGAGUUGAAAAUCAUGGAUAUUUUAAACGAAUUCAAGUACCUCAGUAUGAAGAUGCAAAUGGAAAGGUAGUAGAGGCACAUGAAGAAGAUGUAUUUGUACAAACAGGUUCCUAUAGUUAUUAUGAUCCAGAGGGAAAUGUUAUUCAAUUACAAUAUAUCGCUGAUGAAAAUGGUUUUCAACCAACCGGUGAUCAUUUACCAAAACCAACUGAACAAGUUGCACAACAACAACAACAACAACAGCAAUACCAACAAGAGUUGAAAUCUCAACAACAACAUCAACAACUACAUCAAGAUAGACCCAUACAAAAUCAGUAUACAAGAAGAACUCGCCAAUCAUAUUAUACUGCAGAGCCAGGAUUAGGAAUUGUUGAAAAUAGACCAAUUAAUGAUUAUAGACCAUCAUCAUCAUUACCAUACUCAACCAAUCCGUUACGUUACAUUCGUCAACAGUUGUAUCAAGAUAGACCAAUUUAUCAGGGAUAUUAUCCAUCAAAUGGUGGUCUAUCAAGUGUUAUUCAAUCACGUCCCUCAUAUUAUCCAGGAUAUAAUCAAAAUGGUGGUUUAUCUACAACUGUUAUAUCAAGGCCAUCAUAUCCAUCAUAUAGUAAUGGUGGAUUAUCGGAAACAAUUCAUACAUCUCCAUCAACUAAUUAUGCCUACUAUCAAUAUUAUAAUCCAAAUUGUUUACCAAAUUCAGGAUUAUCUGAGAAUAUAGAAACGAAACCGUCCUACUCUAAUGGAGGCUUAUCAACAACUAUUGUAACAAAACCAUCAUCUUCACUCUGCUAUUAUCCAAAUAAUGGAGGUAUUUCUGAAUCUAUAAUAACUAAUCCAUCAUAUAAUUCAAAUGGUGGAUUAUCUCAAACUGUAAUAUCAAAACCAUCUUAUCCAAAUUCAAAUGGUGGUGGAAUAUCUGAAACUGUUGAAACAAAACCAUCUUAUAAUCCAUGCAUUUAUUAUCCUGGAGUAUCAGCUUUACAAAUUCCACCAAAUCAACAUCCAUGCUAUAAUCAAAAUGGUGGAAUUUCUGAAAGUAUAAUAACUAGUCCUUCAUAUAAUCCAAAUAGUGGAAUUGGUGAAACAAUAGAAUCAAAACCAUCAAGUCAUUCAAGUUAUAGUACAAAUGAAGGAUCUUCAACAACACAAAACAGUGGAGGUUUAAUAUCAGGGAAUACAAAUGAUUUAAAUUCGCAUGAUAUAUCGAAAUUUCACAGAUUAGGAUCAAUUGAUAAUAUACCAACAAAUACUGAUACACAAUCUACUACGACUGCUUCAUCAAUUGGUGUAUCAUCACAUAUAUCUACCACAAGUUCUUAAAUUUUAUUCGAAAUUCGAAGUUCUAAUAUUAAUUUUGUAAAUCUAAGUCAUAUUUAGUUAUACUUUAUAAUUAAUGGGUAUAGUAUAUUAUGUUGUAAUAGUCCGAUAUACUCUGAUAUUUACUUAUUAAAUGUAGUAUUUGGAUUUAAAAUUCGAUUAUUUGGAGAAAAUUAAAAUUAAAAGCCAAUGCCUCACUGAUAUUUCAACAAAAAAAUUUUAUAUUUAAAUUUUCAAUAAAACUGGAACAAAAUUUCACUUAUUACUGUUAA